CUUGGCAUGCCUGGUAGGGUUUAUUAGACCCACCACUUUGAAAAACCUAUGAUAUUUUUUUAAAUUGAAGGCUAUUGUUGACGUGUGUUAUAGUAGCUUCGCGCAAUAAACCGGCGGCCAUUUUGACGAGCGAACUUCAGUCUCACGUGAGCGUGCGUGCGAGUAGCACGUGUGUAAAGUGCGCGCGGGCCCGUGGGACCCUACCAGGCAUACAACGUAACAUUCUGUCGAAAUGGCCAGAGGACUAACAGAUUUAGAAAUAAAUCAAAUUUUGGAAUUGGAAGACGUAGAAAAUGACGUAAUUUUUGACGAAAGUGGAGACGAGUCCGAUCAUGUUAGUAUAAGGGUUGAAUCGGACACGGAAGAGGUAGAAAUACCUACUCUUGAGCCUCAACAAGGAAGUAGUGACAGCGAAAAUGAUCAGCCUUUGUCAAAUCUGGCUCGUAGAUCUAUUUAUAAAGGCAAAGACAACACAAUUUGGAACCGUGCUCCUCCGAAUCCCCGCGUCCGCACAAGAAGUGAAAAUAUAGUCACAGGGACACCAGGAGUUAAACGUCAAGCAAAAAAUGCUCUUCUUGAACUGGAUUGUUUUCAUCUCUUUGUCAACGAAAGUAUACUAUCUGUUAUUCUAGAACACACCAAUCACAAGAUUCGGAGUGAGAGACAGGGUAAGAAUACUUCCAAUGAAUAUGCUUAUUCAGAGACUACUUUGACAGAACUUAGAGCUGUCAUUGGACUACUUUACUUAGCUGGACUAUUCAAAUCUGGGAGACAAAACCUACAGGAUUUAUGGGCAUCUGACGGAACGGGGAUCGAGAUAUUUCCAAUGACAAUGAGUCUGAGAAGAUUCGCGUUUAUUGUGAACUGUUUGAGAUUUGACGAUAGUGAUACGCGCGAAGAAAGAGCAGCUAUUGAUAGAUUGGCACCCAUUAGACAGAUCUAUGAAGAAUUUGUAAAAAAUUGCAAGGACGUUUACACACCAUACGAAAAUUUAACUAUUGAUGAAGAACUCGUGGCAUUUCGUGGUCGAUGCAAAUUUCGGCAGUAUCUACCUAAUAAACCAGCGAAGUAUGGGAUUAAAAUUAUAGCCCUAGUAGACGCUUAUACUUACUAUUCCUUGAAUAUGGAAAUAUAUGCAGGGGACCAGCCCGAUGGGCCGUACAAAGUGAGUAAUAAGCCACAUGAUGUUGUCGAUCGCAUUGUCCAGCCCAUUUCUCAAACAGGCCGAAAUGUAACCAUGGACAAUUGGUUUACAAGCUAUCCCACAUACGCCCACCUAUUAAAAAACCAUAAACUGACCGCAGUUGGGACUAUGAAGAGUAAUAAAACCUGUAUCCCACCAAAAUUUCGUGAACGUCGUGAAAUAAACACCUCGCUCUUCGGGUUUCAAGAUGAUUUCACUAUUGUAUCUUACAUACCGAAACGCAACAAAAAUGUUUUCAUGCUGUCAUCUCUCCAUCAUGAUAGUGAGAUAGAUUCUGAAACAGGAAAACAGCAAAAACCCUCAAUUAUAACGUUUUAUAAUAAAACCAAGAGUGGAGUAGACAAUGUGGACAAGCUAAUAAGGACAUAUGACGUAUCGCGAAAUUCAAGGAGAUGGCCGCUAACAAUUUUUUUCUGGAUUCUCAAUACAGCUGGGAUAAAUGCAAAAAUAGUACAAAUGCUGAACAGCUCCGAUAAUACUCCAACCAGAAGAGCAUUCAUAAAAAAAUUAGGCAUGUCAUUGAUUGCACCACAUCAAGCUGAAAGAAAAACAAAUUCUAAAAUUCCAGUGAGUCUCCGCAAACGAAUUGGCUCUCAUCUUGGUGAAUCAUCAGCGUCACCUGCCAAGAUACCUAAUGUUGGCGUGAAGAAACGAUGCUAUAUAUGCCCAGUGAAAAAAGAUAGGAAGUCUAAAUACAUUUGUAUAUCCUGUACUAGUCACAUUUGUUUGGAGCAUGCAAAUUUCGUAUGCGAAAAUUGUCGCCGAAAUGAAGAAGAAAAUUCAGAUAGUUCCUAA